AUGCCUACUCAGAGGAGAAGCAAACGUUUCCACAACUCCGAAAAUGAGAUGCCCCGCCCCAUAAGAAUGCCCGAUGUAUUCCUUGUUCCCGAAAUUUUGGAAGCUAUUCUCUUGGGUCUGGACAUGCACACAUUGCUGAUUUCAGCUCGGGUGUGUGGUACAUGGAAUGCCUGCAUCAAAAGCUCUCGUAGGAUCCAGCAAGCCCUGUUCUACGUUCCCAUCGACGCAGAUAGCACAAGGACCCGUCGGAAAUCAAGGAAGAACCCUCUUGUGGUGGACAAGAUAUGGUCCGAAUUCAUCUAUACAGAACUAAACUCGCGGGUGAGACAUGGUGCAUGGUUUUGCCCUCAUACUGCCUCGGACAAAAAAGAAAGAGCGUACCUGCGCCCCGAGGCAAGCUGGCGGCGGAUGCUUCUUCAACAACCUCCAACCUCGAUCGUCCGCUUCUGGAACCCCGAGUGCCUCUGGGGCCCCUAUUGGCAUCAUCUUCCCAAAGACCAGAUGGUCAAAACUGGGGCGGAGUGGAGGCCGGAAGGAGACUAUCUCCGCAUGGAGAACGUCGCAUUUGAGAUCGACACGGGAGCAAUUUCAGCAGGUCCACUGCCUUUCCUAUGCUGGGCAGAUGCCACGGCUCUAGGGAAGGCCACGCGCAAGUCCAAGCGCCGCAAGCAGUUACGCCGCGAUCAUACCCUCAAACGCUAUCUUCGCAAGUUCGAUCUCACCAUCAACACGGAAUGUCCUGAGUUCUGGCCGUGGGUCUGGAUUGAGAACCAUCCGGUACCAAUAAGAGAUUUUCGUCAGUGGUGUGACACAGAGGAUGUCAAGUUGUUGAUAGCCGAUCCACGUUAG